AUGUUACAGCGCCAAGUCAUUUCCAAGCAACUGGAGGAACUGCAGAGGAGACAACACCUUCAAGAGUUGGGUAGUAAUAACAACAGAAACCAGAAUUAUGCACACCAGCUGUCUUUAGUGAAACAGGCUUCAGGGGUUCAGUACCCCCCUGCAGCUAACGGGACACCUGUGCUGGAUCCUUCACGAAUGUUUAUGGCGGGUAAUAUGCAAAUGAAACAGCAUAUUGGGCCAGGUGGACUAGUUCUUUCACAAACUCAUAAUUUUGCUCCGCAGUUUGACGUAUCUUCGUAUAGAAUUCAUGCUCCGAGUGGUGGUGAGAAUUUGAAUGGCUACUCUUAUGUCCAAGGCCUGGAUAAUCAGAACCAAUCCACCUUUGAUGGCUCAUUUGCGGGUCAAAGAUACAAUUUCUCGUCCCAACAGAUUCAAACACGAGAUGGGUUGUUGGUUUCGAAUACAGAGGAUUAUUUGUUGGGGCAAGUUCAAGCUGGAGGUUCUGAUAGUGUGGUUUUAUCGGAUAAUUAUCACCAACAAGGAUUUACUGUGCAGAAAAAUGCAUCGUCCCUGGAAUCUGCGAAAAGGGAUGAAAAUGCUGCUUCCUUAGAUCCACUGGAACAGAAGAUCCUAUACAAUACAGAUGACUUCAGCUGGGAAUCAACAUUCGGCAGGAAUAACAAAAUGAGUGCUGGAGGAUUUGAUAAAACGGUUGAGAUGCCAUCUAUGCAAAGUGGUAGCUGGAGUGCUUUGAUGCAGUCUGCUGUGGCCGAGACUUCGAGCAGUGAUGCUGGGGUACAAGAAGAGUGGAGCGGAUUGAGCUUUCAGAAUCCAGAACCGUUGAAUGAAGGAGAAAAGCUUCAGAGUGAUUGGGUUGAUAGAAAUUUGCAGAAUGCCUCAUCUCCAUGUUCAAAGCCACAUGAUAUGAUUCAGAAUGUUGAUAGCUUCAGUAAUUUUCAAUCAGCACAGCAUCUCAAACAAGAGGAGGGAUAUCAACCCACAGGUGGCAGUAAGCUGAUUCAAGGAUCUUUAGCUUUGCCAAAUACUUGGCUUGGUGAACGCAUGGAACAUUCAGACAAUGGAUCCCAUCAGAAUAGCAAAUUUUCAUGCACCAAUGAUAUCCAUUCUGGCAAUACCUUAUCAUGUCAUGAAUUUCGAGCAGCAUUUUGGUCUCAAGGAGUCACAUCAGAUCACAUGUCUGGCAUUCAGACAAACUAUAAUCAGGUGAAUGAGAUGAAUGAUCAUGGGUAUUCAGUGAAAGCAGAAAAUAUGGAUCCUGAUGCGGUUUCUAGUGCUGAAAAUGUGACUGCUUCAAGUAAAAGUGUAUUUGAGCUACAUAACAUGGAUGAUGCUUCGAACGAUCAAGCACAUGCAAUGCAGUUGAGCUCAAAAGUUUCAAUUCCAAGGAAUUUACCCUACACUUCCCCUACAUCAUUGAAGUUUGGAUUUACGUCGGGGCCCACAGACCAUCAAUUGCCACAAUUAUACUCUUCGUCCUCUUCAUUUCCGUUGGGGAUUUCAAGUGCAAGACCUCCAUCUAAUCAUAUCACAAGUGAUUACAGAAGUCAGCAUUCAGCUCCUUUGGUUCGAAGUCAGAGGGCUACUGAAGUCCCUGAGUAUAAUGCUGCAGUCUUUCAUGAAAAUUCUGAAAUGAAAAUUUCCAACUCUGGUGGCUCAGAAGUCCCAAUUUUACAGAAUCAGAAUGUAGGAUUCCCGCCUUCUCGAUGGACAGAAAACCAGAGUACUACUCCACAUGAAUGUCAACAACUGGAGAAAGAAAAUUCUGUUCUUGAGGGCUCGGCUGAGAUAACUAACACAAAAUCACUAAACAGAAGAGGGUACGAGCAAGAUUUUGUGGGAAAGCAUUACUUUGAAUUAAAUUUUCCGGAAUCCGCUUCAUUGAUCACUAAUCCGUAUGAGCUGGGUUCCGAUCAAGCAGAGGUUAAAUCAGAAGCACCUUCAUUUCCUGCUAGAGAAAUUGAUUUAUGUCUGCAUUCUUUGAAUCAAAAUCACUCUCCUUCUAACCAAAUGCUUUCCACAAGCAACAAUGAAACUGAUGGAGUUAAAAACUUUUUGCCGAAAUACUCCAGUAUUCAUAAUGAUCACCCGAUUACCGAUGCAAGGAAUUUAUUGUUGAAUGCACUGCAUUUGAAAAAUGGAGCAAAAAGUGAUUCAUAUACAGCAUCACAACUCCGUGUUUUGUCUGGAAAAGCUUCAUCUAUGCCUCACAAUCAGAACUAUUCUCAAGAGGUGGAUAUCUGUUGCCAAAACCGUCCGAUCAGCAUGAAUAACUCUUCUAAUUUGGCAUACCAGUCACAUAUGAAUUUACAAACAGCAUCAUCCUGGAUUAAGCAUUACAAGACAUUGAACAAUGGGAAGAUUCUAUCCAUGCGUGAUGAAGCAGCUCAAAAUAAUGCAGCACAACAGAUGAUUCCUGGGAAUUUGCUGGAUAAUAGUUUGAUUAGGCAAGUGGAUUUGGCUAACACUGGCCAAUGGAGUGGAUUAUGUCGAUCAACAGUUGACACAUCUGUGGCGAGCAGCAAAUUGAGCCCCACUUGUGUUUUACCCACUUUCCAAAACCUGGCUCGUUCGAUGCCAAAGAAACGUAAAUUUGCUGAAUUCGAUAUGAUACCCUGGCAUCAAGGAGUAAAUCACGGACAAUCAAGUCUCCAUGAUAUCAGCACUGCUGAGUCUAUAUGGGCUCAAGCUUUGAAGAGAAAAGCAGAAGAGGCAAGUGAUGCAGCUGUAAAUGUAGAAGAAUUGCUUCCAGUGAUUCGAGCAAAAAAACGGCUUAUUUCUACAACACAACUUAUUCAGCAGAUUUUCCGACCUACACCAGUAAUUAUUCUCUGCUCAGAUGCUAGUCUCAGUAGUGAUAGUGUGGCAUAUGUGGCGGCUAGAUUAGAGUUAGGGGAUGCAUUGAGCCUGACUAGUCAGUUGGCAUCUGACACCAAUAACAUGUCGAGGCUAAGAACUUUGAAGAAAACAAAAGCCUGCAAAUUCUCAGAAAUUGUAAAAGCCUUCAUUGGUCGCGUAAAAAAUGUUGAAGCUACUUUAUCAAGAGUUGACAAAAGCUUAUCACUCGUUGACUUCAAAGUCGAAGCCCGUGAAUUGGAGAGAUUCUCCACGAACAACCGUUUCGCGAGGUUCCACACUGUUCGAGCCCCACCUAUCAAUGCCAACAAUGCAUCAUCUUCUCAUAUGGCCACUUUGUUCAACCCCGCCCUUAAAAAAUAUGUAAUUGCACGUGCACUGCCUGAAAUAUUGCCAGAUGGGCAAAAUUGUCUUUCCCUGUGA